GAAGUGAGCAUGUCUGUUCCAAGCUCCAUUCUUUCUCCAGCUGAAGCCAGUGGCAGAUCCCAGCAGCAAACACCCAGAGAGUCCCCCUAACUAAACAGGUUCUGGCAGCCCCAGGGAGUUUCCAGUGGUAAUUUCUGUCACUUGAUCCUGCUCACCAUGCCGGUACCAGCCAGGUGAAAAAUUAUGGAAAACGAAGACACCACUAUUUUGAACUUUAAAGGCUAUAAUUUUCAGCGUGAUUUAGUUGAUACUGACCUGCUAGAAAAUCUAGAAAAUUUUGAAGUUAGAGAUGAUGAUGUCUUUGUAAUCACAUAUCCAAAAUCUGGUACCAUCUGGACUCAGCAGAUACUAAGCUUGAUUUAUUUUGAGGGACAUCGAAAUAGUACUGAAAAUUUGGAAACCCUUGACAGAGCCCCCUUCCUUGAAUACAACAUUCGCAAUGUAGACUUUUCCAAAAGACCAUCUCCUCGCCUCUUCUGUUCCCAUAUUCCAUAUUUUUUAGCACCAAAAGGUUUCAAGAACAAAAAAGUCAAGAUUGUGUAUGUCUACAGAAACCCUAAGGAUAUUUUGAAUUCAUAUUUUCAUUUUUCUAAUAUGGUGGCUCUGUUAGAAGCUUCAGAUACCAUAGAACGUUUCAUGAAAAAAUUUCUAGAUGGAAAAGUGGUAGGAAGUGUUUGGUUUGAUCACAUCAGAGGCUGGUAUGAACACAGACAUGACUUCAAUAUUCUUUUCAUGAUGUAUGAAGAAAUGAAUAAGGAUCUCAGAAGUUCUGUGCUUAAAAUCUGCAAGUUUCUUGAGAAAGACCUGAGUGAAGAGGAUGUGGAUGCUAUUGUGAGACAGGCUACAUUUCCAAACAUGAAACUUGAUUCAAAAGCAAAUUAUGAUAAAAUUCUACAAAAUGAAAUUGGGAAAAGAAGUGAGGGAUAUUUCCUGCGCAAAGGUAUUGUUGGAGACUGGAAAAAUCACUUAACCGUGGAGCAGAAUGAAAGGUUUGACAGGAUAUUCCAAAAGAAGAUGAAAGAUUUUCCCUUGAAAUUCAUCUGGGAUAUAAAUGAGGAUUAGAAGUCCAUUCACAUAGCAAAAUAAUCAUAUAAAAAUGUACUAAUCAAAGGGUAUAUUUAAUACACAUAUUAACUUGUGCCUAUCAUGUAAUUGUUAAGUAUAAAAUUUAAUUAAUGAUAAAUUUAGUAAGUUAUGGUUAAAUUAGUUGCUAUGAGUCUGAUGACCAGUUUGAAAUUAAAAAGUUAAUUUGAGGGGACAGCAGUUGAUGAUGUGGUUAUUAAGGUGCAAGACUCCCAUGCGGUGGGUUGCAGCUUGAGUCCAGAAACUGGUGGCUUGAAAAUCACACUGGGUGUAUGUGCAUAUGUGCCCAAAAUUCUAAGCAGAAAAAAGAGGAUUGUGACAUGACUAUACUCUCUGGGAAGGAAUGAUAUCUUGCUUUCCUUCUCUCUAGCUCUCUCUGGUGAGGGCACACACUCUAUGGUAAAAACCUAAAUAAAUAAAUAACUAAAUAAAUUGAUUUGAGAAAUAGCUGGGAUUGCUACCCUUCAUUGAUAGUAGAAAAAUCAGAAAGUAUGAAACAUAAUUGUAAAUGUGUUGUAUUUUUUUAGUUUUCUGUAGUGCACUUUUUCUAAGUUUACAAUUUAAUUUAGGGUUAAUUGAGUAAAAACGAAGAAUCCAUAUAUUGUAAUGAAACUUUAUUUUUUAAUUUCAAAAUUAAUGCAAAUGUCAAAA